CCAGCCCCUGUCCAAGCCCGCCAUUUUGUAUGCCGGAUCCGAUCCGGGGUUUUGUCCGCCGACGGCAGUAGCCGGGCGGAUCGCGCCCCGCGUUCACGUUCACUCAAAAUUUCAGUCGAUUUUUUGUUAAUACAAAUGGAUAUAACCAGAAAACUGACGAAAGCCUUAAUAGAGAUGUAUUUUGAUAAAAAGUGUUUGUGGCAAGUGCAUUCUGAGGAAUACAAGAGGCGUGAUUUGAAGAAAAAAGCGUAUCAAGAUAUAGUAGCGUUCCUGCGUCGGAACGGAGUCAAGGAUGCGAACGUGAAACUGGUUCGCGAUAAAAUACAAAACAUGAGACGUGCUAUGAGAAAAGAGAAAAAACGGAUCGACGAUUCGGUAGGGACUUAUAGCCCUACUUUAUGGUACUACGACCUCCUAACAUUUGUUAACCAUCGGAAUAUUCAGAAUGAACAAAAUAGCUCAAACAGUGAUACUACCAGCUGUCCUGUAAUCAAUAUUGACGAAAGUGAUGAAGAAGUCACCUUACAAGAAUUAAGAGACAACGUUCUGCCAAAUGAGGAGGAGAUGCUUGAUCUGUCUGUAAUUCCACUGCCACCUGCACAGAAAAAGGCAUCUCGAAUGAAAAACAUAAAUGAUGAGCACAAGGCGUUGGGUAUAAGCGUCGCUUCAAAAAUGAGGAGAAUGGAAGAAUAUCAGCAGAUUUAUGCCGAACUUCUUAUACAAAAAGUUAUAGCCCGGGGUCUUCUAGGCCAGCUCCACCAAAAUACGGACAUUGUGGACGUGGUGCAGGACAAUGAUACAGUAAUUAGUAGUGAAGAAUGAAGCAGCUAAUAAUAGGGAAUAUAUGCGGAUAGUCAUUGAAUUUAUAUUUUUGAGGUGUUCUCUUAAAUAUUGAACAAGAAAGCUGAACGAGUAUAAGAAUAUAGUCUGCAUAAAAUUAUAUUCCUUUAUUAGUAGAAGUGGAAUCCAAGAAACAAAUGAACUGUCUCAACUAUGUCCAAAAACUUUCAUAAAGAAGAACGGUCAUCUGUGACCCAGG